AUGGAGCCUCCGGCCGCCCCCUCGGAGAGGAGUCUGUCUCUCUCUCUCCCUGGGCCCCGGGAGGGCCAGGCCACCCUGAAGCCGCCCCCCCAGCACCUGUGGCGGCAGCCGAGGACCCCGAUCCGCAUCCAGCAGCGCGGCUACUCGGACAGUGCCGAGCGCUCAGAGCCGGAGCGCUCGCCGCACCGGCCCAUGGAGCGCGCCGACGCCGUGGACACUGGCGACCGGCCAGGCCUGCGGACUACCCGCAUGUCCUGGCCCUCGUCCUUCCACGGCACCGGUACCAGCGGAGGCAGCAGCAGGCGCUUGGAUGCAGAAAAUGGGCCGACACCAUCCCCCGGCCGCAGCCCUCUGGACUCGCAGGCGAGCCCGGGGCUUGUGCUGCAUGCUGGGGCGGCCACCAGCCAGCGCCGAGAGUCCUUUCUCUAUCGCUCAGACAGUGACUAUGACAUGUCACCCAAGACUAUGUCCAGGAACUCAUCGGUCACCAGCGAAGCGCAUGCCGAAGACCUCAUUGUGACACCGUUUGCUCAGGUGCUGGCCAGUCUCCGCAGCGUUCGAAGCAACUUCUCCCUCUUAACCAAUGUGCCCAUCCCCAGCAACAAGCGGUCCCCACUGGGCGGCCCACCCGCUGUCUGCAAGGCCACGCUGUCAGAGGAGACGUGCCAGCAGCUGGCCCGGGAGACCCUGGAAGAGCUAGACUGGUGUCUGGAGCAGCUGGAGACCAUGCAGACCUACCGCUCUGUCAGCGAGAUGGCCUCGCACAAGUUCAAAAGGAUGCUGAACCGUGAACUCACACACUUGUCGGAAAUGAGCAGGUCGGGAAACCAGGUCUCAGAGUACAUUUCCACAACAUUCCUGGACAAGCAGAAUGAAAUGGAGAUCCCAUCACCCACACCACGGCAGAGAGCCUUCCAGCAGCAGCAGCCCCCAGUGGUGCGGCUGUCUCAGCCCAUGUCUCAGAUCACAGGGUUGAAAAAGCUGGUGCACACCGGAAGCGUGAACACCAGCAUCCCACGAUUUGGAGUCAAGACAGAUCAAGAGGAGCUCUUGGCACAGGAACUGGAGAACUUGAGCAAAUGGGGCCUGAACAUCUUCUGUGUGUCGGAGUACGCUGGAGGCCGCUCACUCAGCUGUAUCAUGUACACGAUAUUCCAGGAGCGAGACCUGCUGAAGAAAUUCCGAAUCCCUGUGGACACCAUGAUGACUUACAUGCUGACCCUGGAAGACCACUACCAUGCGGACGUGGCCUACCACAACAGCCUGCAUGCGGCCGAUGUCCUGCAGUCCACCCACGUGCUGCUGGCCACGCCCGCGCUGGAUGCUGUGUUCACAGACCUGGAGAUUCUUGCCGCUCUCUUUGCUGCUGCCAUCCACGACGUGGACCACCCUGGCGUCUCCAACCAGUUCCUUAUCAACACCAAUUCGGAGCUGGCGUUGAUGUACAACGACGAGUCAGUGCUGGAGAACCACCACCUGGCUGUGGGCUUCAAGCUGCUGCAAGAAGAGAACUGCGACAUCUUUCAGAACCUCAGCAAGCGGCAGCGGCAGAGCCUGCGCAAGAUGGUCAUCGACAUGGUGCUGGCCACAGACAUGUCCAAGCACAUGACCCUCCUGGCUGACCUGAAGACUAUGGUGGAGACAAAGAAAGUGACCAGCUCGGGAGUUCUCCUGCUGGACAACUACGCCGACCGCAUCCAGGUCCUCAGGAACAUGGUGCACUGUGCAGACCUCAGCAACCCCACCAAGCCGCUGGAACUGUAUCGACAGUGGACGGAUCGCAUCAUGGCGGAGUUCUUCCAGCAGGGUGACCGGGAACGGGAGCGUGGGAUGGAGAUCAGCCCCAUGUGUGACAAGCACACAGCCUCUGUGGAGAAGUCUCAGGUGGGCUUCAUCGACUACAUUGUCCACCCGCUGUGGGAGACGUGGGCAGAUCUCGUCCAUCCCGAUGCCCAAGACAUUCUGGACACGUUGGAAGACAACAGGGAUUGGUAUCACAGUGCCAUACGGCGGAGCCCUUCCCCACCCCCGGAAGAGGAGCCCGGAGGGCUUGGCCAUCCAACCCCGCCUGACAAGUUCCAGUUUGAGCUCACACUAGAGGAGGAAGAGGAGGAGGAGGAUUCCUCAGAGGUUCUGGGAUUGCCCACAGCUGAGGAAAUCUUCGCAGCUCCAGAUGACGUCUCAGCUCAGACUACAGAACAGUCAGAGGUCAAGGUCGAAGGACAGAACACCGCAGGGAGAGAGGAAGAGGAGAGCUUGAGGCAGGGGGCUGUCUCCGCAUGUGUUGCUCCCAAGGAGUCCAUGGAGGCCGUGGGCUGCGCUUUCAGCCCUGGAACCCCCAUUCUGCCUGACUUGAGGACUCUGCCCCCCUCAGCCGAGGCCCCGGGCCUCCUGGGCCUCCCCUCCACGGCGGCAGAGGUGGAGGCCCCAAGAGACCAUCUGGCUGCCACGAGGGCUUGUGCCUGCUCUGGGACCUCAGGAGACAAUCCCGCCAUCGUCUCAGCUCCAGGCAGGUCGGGGUCAGGUGGGGACCCUGCCUGAGCCCUGUUCCCCUCGCCCACCCGUGGGUCCUCCCUCCUCCCUGCUCUCUCCGCUCACCACGGACCACCUCAACGACUCCUGGCCCUCCUGAGAAAAAAGAAAACAGAAAAGUGGGGUUUUUUUCUCUUUUCUUUUUUUAACCCUUCCCCGCUGCCCUUACCCACAGGGCUUUUUUGUGGAGGUGGGGUGUGGGGAGCCAGGGGCUGAAGUCCCCAAAAAAGGGAUUUUAUUUUUUGAAUUUUAACUGUAAUGUUUUUAGAAAAAGAACAAAAAGAAAAAAAAAAAAGAAUGAAACACAGCAACUGUAGAUGCACCCAUCUCCCCAUUCCUGGAUCCCCGCAUUUCCCUUCUCCUUACGUCACGGCAACCUCAAGUCCAAGGCGCCACCUUCCUGCCUCUCUUGAGACUCGUUCCUCGAGACUCGAGUCUAGGCUUGGCACUGUCCUCUGGGCUGUCCUGGGGUUCGAGGGAGUCUAGAACCCGACUGGGAGUAGCUGCAGGGAGCUAUACAAGGAGGGGCUGGCCGCAGCAGGGCCCUCCCUGGCUCGCUGUUCCCACCCACAACGUCUUCCAUCUCUUCUUCUUCUUUUUUCUUAUCUUUUUUGUACAAGCCUGGCCGUACGGAUGAGAGGGGUGGCCAGAAGAGCUAUUGCUUUGAGAUCCAGACCCUUGGUUUCACCCCUCUACCGGCGUCAGGCCCGGGGGCCUUCCUGGUCCACUUGGGUCACUUUGAAUUGUCUCCGUUGGAGGAAGGGGCUCUGUUCCAUGCGCACAAACAUCCUCCUUCCAGCUGCUUCUUCCUCUUGUUUCUGCCUUAAAGAUUCCUGUGGCCAUAGAUCAAGUCUCGGUGGCUCCCUCCUCCUCCCUGGGUGGGCAGCUCUCCGGCCCACAGUCCCCCUUUCCAACAUAGACACCCCGUUCCCAGCAUCCACUCGACUACCUUUUCAGAGUCACUCAGCCACCCCCCACCCCCCAACUCUGAUUGCCCUAGGAGGAAGCAAUAAUGGUGUGUACCACAUCCUCCCGUCCUGGGCAGCCCUGCCCCUCCCAGCACCAAAGCCCUUUGUUUCUCCUGUUCUCACCUUACCGAACCUGACCUUCCCCCAGCCAGCCCAGCCACAGGCAGUCAGUCCCUAAGCAAUACAGAUAGAGCAAGGCCAUUUUCUCCAAGCCAUGGGGUGAGGGGACUUUUAAAAGGAAUGACCCCAUUUUCCCCUGCCACACCCAGCCAAUCUGCAGCAGGGCAGUGGGGGGCACCAUUCCUUGCCUGCCCUCUUACAUCUCUGUACACGGUACUGUAGCCCUCCCCCCCCCAGUUCCUCCCCAGCUGUCCAUCAGUCUGACCCCCUCACCCCUCUCCCAACCCACAAUGCUUCCAGAGUUUUUGUUUGUUUAUUAAGCAAAGGUAGUUUCUGUCCUAGCUGGUGAUGAGAAUAACCCCCCUCCGUGUGUGUGGGUUCUUUGUACAUACUAUAAGGUUGGCAUCUAAAUUAUUCUGAGACAGAAAGGGAGACUGGACUUGCCUUUCCCUGGCUGACCCCAUUGGGAAGGUGAGGAAGGGGAUCUCCAGGGAGAAGUAACCCCUUCCCGCUGUAUUAUACAAGCUGUACCCUAUUCCCUGAAUGCAGGGUGGGCAUGCUGCCAGAUCAUGGGAAAGCGUGUCAUCGUGACGGAGGAGGGACGAGGGUGGGCUGGGCAGUGUUUGUACUGUGUUCCCUUCUCCAAGGGCCCGGGAAGGGGUAGGAAGAGGACAGACCCUUGGACUCAGCCAGGGCUCCUCCCUGCCAGGGUGGGUACAGGACCCCAUGAGCUACCUACAUGUUGUCCACAUUGACAAUUGAUAAUUGGUCUGUGGAUUGACAAUCAUCCUUCAAUCUUGUCCCUAAUUAAAGUGAGGCUCUCGCUGAUGCUUCCAGCUAA